AGCUGAGGGCGAAAACGGCCGAAGCUUACGCACGCUUUGACUGAACGACUUCAGGGAAGAGCAGGGAACUUUGUAUGGACAUGAGGAUUUUCUUCUUGCGGAGAAACCGAGCUGUUAAAGGAGAACAACGUCUUGUGCUCAGACGGAGAGGCUUUUAAAUAGAUGCUCGAGCUUAUUUAAUCCCGAGAGGAUCUAUAGUUUGACUUGCCAAACAAAUCAAAAUGCGAAGCGCUCUCUGAGAAGACGGAGCUCGGGGAAGACCACCAAUGCUCACCUAUUUCCAGGCACUUUAAAACAAGUUCUUUUGUUACGUCUCUUGUUCUCUCGUCGGUGAAAACAACACUGCAACAGAAUGGCAGAACACGAAAGCUUGGAGUUUGGGAAGGCAGACUUUGUGCUUUUAGACAACGUGUCAAUGGAGGAAUUCAUGGCCAACUUAAAACUCAGGUUUGAGAAGGGGAGAAUCUACACCUACAUCGGAGAGGUGGUGGUGUCAGUCAACCCGUACCGUGCCAUGAACAUUUACGGCCGGGACGUCAUAGAGCAGUACAAAGGCCGUGAACUGUACGAGAGGCCGCCACACCUCUUCGCCAUUGCUGAUGCUGCUUACAAAGCCAUGAAGAGGAGGAACAAAGAUACUUGUAUUGUCAUCUCAGGGGAAAGUGGUGCAGGAAAAACUGAGGCCAGCAAGUACAUAAUGCAAUACAUAGCUGCCAUUACCAACCCUAAUCAGAGGGCAGAGGUUGAGAGAGUAAAAAACAUGCUGCUGAAAUCCAACUGUGUCCUGGAGGCCUUUGGAAACGCCAAAACCAACCGCAACGACAAUUCCAGCCGCUUCGGCAAAUACAUGGACAUCAACUUUGACUUCAAAGGAGAUCCCAUCGGGGGCCACAUCAACAACUACCUGCUGGAGAAGUCUAGGGUAAUUUUCCAGCAGGAAGGGGAGAGGAGUUUCCACUCAUUCUAUCAGCUGCUGAAAGGAGCUCCAGAUUCCCUCUUACGCUCUCUUCACAUUCAAAAAGACCCAACAGCCUACAACUACGUCAAAGUCGGAGGCCACAUUAAGUCUGGCAUCAAUGAUGGUGCUGAUUUCAAAGCGGUAGCCGAUGCCAUGAAAGUAAUCGGCUUCACGGGGGAUGAGAUUCAGACCGUUUACAAGAUCCUGGCCACCAUCCUGCAUCUGGGAAACCUGACAUUCGGAGUGGACGGCGAUGUUACCCUGAUAGAGAACACCAAGCUCGUCUCUGUGUUCAGGGACCUUCUUUCCACCAAGGAGGAAAACGUGGAGAAGGCCCUGCUGUAUCGCACAGUGGCCACAGGUCGAGAUGUCAUUGAAAAGCAGCACACAACCCAGGAGGCCAGUUAUGGGCGAGACGCUCUAGCAAAGGCAAUGUAUGAGCGUUUGUUCUGCUGGAUUGUCGGGCGCAUCAAUGACAUUAUUGAGGUGAAAAACUACGACGCCAGAGUCCACGGGAAGAACACGGUCAUCGGAGUGUUGGACAUCUAUGGCUUUGAGAUUUUUCAAAACAACAGCUUUGAGCAGUUUUGCAUCAACUACUGUAAUGAAAAGCUGCAACAACUCUUCAUUCAGCUGGUCCUGAGGCAAGAACAGGAGGAGUAUCAGAGAGAAGGCAUCCCCUGGAAACAUAUUGAUUACUUCAACAACCAGAUUAUUGUUGACUUGGUGGAGCAGCAGCAUAAAGGGAUCUUCUCUGUUCUGGAUGAAGCCUGCAUGAAUGUGGGCAAAGUCACGGAUGAGGUCUUCCUGCAGGGACUCAACGUCAAGCUGGCAAAGCACGCUCACUUCACAAGCCGCAAGCUGUCACCAACUGAUAAGAGUCUGGAGUUCGACAGAGACUUUCGCAUCAGGCACUAUGCAGGGGAUGUGGUGUACUCUGUGGUGGGCUUUAUUGAUAAGAACAAAGACACUCUGUUCCAAGAUUUCAAGAGGCUUUUGUACAACAGUUCCAACCCAGUGCUGAAGGGGAUGUGGCCGGAGGGCAAACUCAGAAUCACAGAGGUCACCAAACGGCCGCUGACGGCAGCAACAAUCUUCAAAAACUCCAUGAUCUCUCUGGUGGAGAAUCUUGCUAGCAAGGAACCCUACUAUGUCCGCUGCAUCAAGCCCAAUGACGUCAAAUCUCCUCUCCUGUUUGAGCCCGAGCGCUGCCGCCACCAGGUGGAGUACCUCGGGCUGCUGGAGAACGUCAGAGUGCGUCGAGCCGGCUUCGCCUACAGACAGACGUAUCCUCGAUUUCUACAGAGAUACAAGAUGAUUUCAGAGUUUACGUGGCCAAACCAUGACCUGCCAUCAGACAAAGACGCCGUCAAGAAGCUUCUGCAGGGCUGCGGCUUCGACCACGACGUGGCUUACGGCAAAACAAAGAUUUUCAUCCGCACGCCGCGUUCUCUCUUCAGCCUGGAGGAGCAGCGAGCUGAGAUGGUCCAAAGAAUUGUCAUUUUCCUCCAGAAGGUUUGGCGGGGCACCCUCGCUAGGAUGCGAUACCGGCGGAUGCGUGCUGCCCUCAUCAUCCUGCGAGCCUACCGACGCUACAAGGUCAAGUCCUACAUCCGCGAGGUCAACCGCCGCUUCAAAAAUCUGCGCUCCAUGAAAGACCAUGGCAGACACGUGAAGUGGCCAACACCUCCCAAAGUCCUGCGCAAGUUUGAAGAGGCAUUGAAGAGCAUCUACAACAGAUGGUGGGCCUGGACAAAGAUCAAAGGCCUCUCUCCUGAGGAGACGCUGCAGGUCAAGGCCAAGGUAGCCAGCCUGGAGGCCCUGAAGGGCCAGAGGGCCGACUUGGGCUUACAGAGAGCCUGGGAGGGAAGCUAUGUGAAGCGUGACAGCCCUGACACCGCUUCAUCCUUCACGCUUGUUUCCAGCGAGCUGCAGCGGAAGGACAAGUUCAUGAGAGUUUUGUUCUCCUGCAACGUGAGAAAGAUCAACCGUUUUCACAAGGCGGAGGACCGGGCUUUGCUCAUCACUGACCGACACCUGUAUAAGAUGGACCCCCUGAGGCAGUAUAAACCCAUGAAGAACAUCCCCCUCUACAACGUGACGGGACUGAGCGUGUCGCCUGGGAAGGAUCAGCUGGUCGUGUUUCACACCAAGGACAGUCGGGAUCUUGUGGUGUGCCUGCAGGGCAUGGUGCCUGCCACUGAGAGCCGCAUCGGGGAGCUGGUUGGCACCCUGCUCAGUCAUUUCAAAAGUGAGAAGAGGAAGCUGCAGGUGAACAUUGCGAGCCCCAUCCAGUGCAGCAUGAACGGACGGAAGUGCACGAUCGUCGUCGAGCCAAAGAUCAACCAGUCACAUCCGGACUUCACCAAGAGCCGAGCCGGUUACAUCCUGGCUGUUCCUGGAAACUAGUACGGGCCAAAAGAGGAAAGGUGUAAUAACCCAUUUUAAACCUUCCCAAGAUUGUAAUCCAUAUUAUGUCAUGGUUGGAAGAGCUGCUUUUGUGGUGACAAAGUAGCUCUGCCAUUGGAUUGAUUCUUUAAACUAAGCCAAAUUUGUCAGUUUUUUACUGGCAGCAUUGUUGAAAAAGGCAUAUCAGUUGAACCAAUUAAAAGAAAUAUGCACUUAAUUAUUAUUUACCAAAGGGGAAUUGUUGCUGUUUGAGUUGAUUACCUUUGUGCAAUAUUUAGUUCAUUGCAUAGUGAUUAGUGUUAUUGUAAGUGAGAACACAUUAUCUACGACCUGUUCUCAGAACCACCGUUGUUGCAUAAUACCUGCAAAAUCCAAAGGUUUUACAGGAAUUUAUGAUCCCUGAAGCUGGAGGAGUUAAUCGGCUCAAACGGGAACCCUUGAAAUGAUGCAGAAUAUGGGGAUCAUAUCUGCAUUAAUGUGUACCAUUUGUGUAGAAUUUGCCGACCUAAAGGAAAUAAUGAAGAACCUGGAAUGUCUGCUUUACUUAUGUUUGUGGGUGUAUCAUGAAACGGGGCCAAAGAAUGUGUUGAGCAUAUUCUUAACUAACAAUCCUGCUAUAUAAAGCAUGUCAAAAUCGAAUAACCCGCGUGUUGCUAUCUAUGCAAAUAUAGUUUUACAACACUCUAAUUCAGCAAGGAACAGGAAAUGUGCUUCAUUUAGUCUUUAAAGGAAUGCUUGGCAAAACCUGGAUAGCAGAUAGCAAAUAAAUCAACCAAUCAAUUUCAGUUCCUAUUCUCUGUAGCUAUGAAACUCCAUGCUUUGGUUUGGUAACAGUGUUGCUGGCCAACUGUAUACUGUAAUCUCUCGUUAACCCAAACCGAGUUUGACUUCCGGCCUUUGCGUUCAGUGAAGACCAUAAUGACUUGCAGGGGUUCUCAAGCAUGACAAACCCCCCUUUUAAAUAAAGAAGGAAAUCAUGUUUAAGUGUGACUGAAGAUGCAGGUUAUCUUUUCUAACUCUUUUCGUUAGUAAAGCUCAGUAGCUCUGAGCUUUAUGCUACUUGUUUGGAAACCCAAAUAACACAAGCCACAUAAUUUCAGUUCGGUGUGUUUUCCACAAGGUGUGAGUUGUGCUAAAGUCAUCACUUUGCUUUUGGUGUUAGCAAUUACAGAAUGUGUUGUUCUCUGUUUUUGCAAAAAGAAUCUGUCAGCACUGAAUGUCACGAAGCAGAACUUUCACGUUUUAGGACGUGGCUUUCUUUGUACAGCCGAUGAGUGAAAUAAGAAGCAUGAGGUGCAGAGUUCAAAACCAUUAAAAAAAAAAAAAAUCACAAGAAAUCCAGAGUUUGCAGUAAGGUGAUGUCAGUUAAAAGCCCCUAGCCUUUUACAGUCAUAGCUACAUACUCAUUAGCAAUAACAUUUAAAUCUAUUCUCAGUUUAAACUGACAAAUCACAGAUUUUGGGCUCAAAAUAUCCUAACCCAGUCAGUAGCUUAAAUAUGUAUUCCUGAUAUUUUUGCUUAAAUGUUUGAAAACUAAAAUAUUUUCUAAGAAAAUCGUUCUAGUAGAUGUUCUGGGGCUUUCAUUAAAGCAUUUGGUUAACUUCUUUGUUCCAGCUUAGCUAACAUGCUAACCAUGAUACGUUUGCUGAAAAGCUAGCUGCUAAUGUAAAAGCUUCCUUGUAAUUUUUUCCUUUUAUUUGAUCUAAUAUGAUAUUAACCUCCAUCCACUGACACAAAACGAAGAAUAAAAUAUAUUUUAGCUACUCUAGUCGACUUUAGCCUAAUCAUUAUUAAUAUUUAAGUGCUACAUUUUGCUGCGUUUUAGUUUGGUGCUGUGAAAGGACUGAAAAGUUGAUUUGAAUUCUGUUCACGAUGCUUCUGUAGCUUAGGAGAGAGUUAAUUAUACGAGAGGCAGACAAUUAUGUUAAGUUUGAAAUCAGUCCUAUUCUGCUGUUUUUAUUGUUUUAUUCAUUGUCCUCAUAUUAAGCCUUAAGUAUUCUCAAUUAUAAAAAAUAAGACAUUCUCAGCAUGUGCAGUUCCGUAAAGCUUCUUCAACAUCUCCAAAAAUGUACACUUCAUCAGCUGUUUCUUUAAAUAACAAGGAAUUUCUCCCCAAACUCCAUCUGCUGCUGAACAAUGUCUGCACAGCUGGGUGUAGGAGGAUUAAAUGUGUCGCUGGAUGUUUUAAUGUGAAUAUCAAAAAUGACAAAAACUAGCAACAGACACCAAAUGUUGUUUGCCGAAUACUACACACCCAUUAUUGUGUUUAUUCUAGAGUAAAAGCAUCCUUUUUUUUGCUUCACGACAGGAAGGAGAAGCUGUUUAGUGAUCGUUUAGGCCCCUGCAGCACAGUCGCCUAACUGGGUGUUGUGUGACGGUGUUUUUUGAACUUCGUACCUUUUUAAAGAAUCAAAUGUGUUCUGCUUCACUGUUGGCUAAUGAAGCUUUUCGAGACGUGAAAAGAACGGUCGUGAAAAUUGAGUGUUUGUCAGGGAAGCGGUGAAGGUUUUGCUUGGCUUCAAAGGAGUGUGUCUCUGUAUCUGUGUGGACUAUAACAGUGCAGCUCUGCAUGCCCCGCGGGGGGGGGGGG